AUGGUGAACUUCACCGUUGAUGAGAUUCGCGGUCUUAUGGACCGGCCGACCAACAUCCGUAACAUGUCGGUGAUUGCGCACGUCGACCACGGCAAGUCGACCCUGACUGACUCGCUCGUGUCGAAGGCCGGUAUCAUUGCCAACAACAAGGCCGGUGACAUGCGUUUCAUGGACACCCGUGACGACGAGAAGGAGCGUGGUAUUACGAUCAAGUCGACUGCCAUCUCGAUGUACUUCCCCCUCGCCAAGGAGGAGAUGGCCGCUGUCAAGCAGCCCUCUAACGGCAACGAGUUCUUGAUCAACCUGAUCGACUCGCCCGGUCACGUUGACUUCUCGUCGGAGGUCACUGCUGCCCUCCGUGUUACCGACGGUGCCCUUGUCGUUGUCGACUGUAUCGAGGGUGUCUGUGUGCAGACCGAGACUGUGCUCCGCCAGUCGCUCGGUGAGCGUAUCAAGCCCGUCGUGUGUCUGAACAAGGUCGACCGUGCUCUUCUCGAGCUUCAGGUCGACAAGGAGGACCUCUACCAGUCCUUCCAGCGCACGGUCGAGUCGGUGAACGUGGUGAUCGCCACCUACAACGACCCCGUCCUCGGUGAGUCGCAGGUGUACCCCGAGCGUGGUACCGUUGCCUUUGCUUCGGGUCUCCACGGCUGGGCCUUCACCCUCCGUCAGUUCGCCGCCCGCUACGCCAAGAAGUUCGGUGUGGACAAGGACAAGAUGAUGACCAAGCUCUGGGGUGACAACUUCUUCAACCCCAAGACCAAGAAGUGGACCAACAAGGAGAUCGACGCCGACGGCAACCGUCUCGAGCGUGCCUUCAACAUGUUCAUCCUCGACCCGAUCUACCGCAUCUUUGACUCGAUCAUGAACUUCAAGAAGGAGGAGACCAAGAAGCUGCUCGAGAAGCUGGAGAUCGUCCUCACCCAGGACGAGCAGGACCUCGAGGGCAAGCCCCUCCUCAAGGUCGUCAUGCGCAAGUUCCUGCCCGCUGGUGACGCUCUCCUGGAGAUGGUUGUUAUCAACCUCCCCUCGCCCGUCACUGCGCAGCGCUACCGUGUCGAGACCCUCUACGAGGGUCCCCUCGACGACCCCUCGGCCAUUGGUAUCCGCGACUGUGACCCCAACGGUCCCCUUAUGCUCUACGUCUCGAAGAUGGUUCCCACCUCGGACAAGGGUCGCUUCUACGCCUUCGGCCGUAUCUUCUCGGGUACCAUCCGCUCGGGCCCCAAGAUCCGCAUCCAGGGCCCCAACUACGUGCCCGGCAAGAAGGAGGACCUCUUUGUCAAGUCCAUCCAGCGUACCGUGCUCAUGAUGGGCCGUUACAUCGAGCCCAUUGAGGACUGCCCUGCCGGUAACAUUCUCGGUCUCGUCGGUGUCGACCAGUUCCUGCUCAAGAGCGGUACCCUUACCUCGGACGAGACUGCCCACAACAUGCGUGUCAUGAAGUUCUCCGUCUCGCCCGUCGUGCAGGUCGCCGUCGAGGUCAAGAACGCCAACGACCUGCCCAAGCUGGUCGAGGGUCUCAAGCGUCUCUCCAAGUCGGACCCCUGUGUCCAGUCGUGGAUCGACGAGUCCGGCCAGCACAUUGUUGCCGGCGCCGGUGAGCUCCACCUGGAGAUCUGUCUCAAGGAUCUCGAGGACGACCACGCCGGUAUCCCCCUCAAGAUCUCGGACCCCGUCGUCGGCUACCGUGAGACUGUCCAGGCCGAGUCGAGCAUGACUGCGCUCUCCAAGUCGCAGAACAAGCACAACCGUCUGUACGUCACUGCUCAGCCCCUCGACGAGGACCUCUGCAAGGAGAUCGAGACCGGCAAGGUCAACCCGCGUGACGACUUCAAGAUCCGCGCUCGCCACCUCGCUGACGAGUACGGCUGGGACGUUGCGGACGCCCGUAAGAUUUGGUGCUUCGGCCCCGAGACGACCGGCCCUAACCUGCUUGUCGAUGUCACCAAGGGUGUGCAGUACCUUAACGAAAUCAAGGACUCGUGUGUCGCUGCCUUCCAGUGGGCCACCAAGGAGGGUGUCUGCGCCGAGGAGAGCGUGCGUGGUGUGCGCUACAACAUUCUCGAUGUGACGCUCCACACCGACGCCAUCCACCGUGGUGGUGGCCAGAUCAUCCCGACCUGCCGUCGCGUCUGCAACGCCGCCGCGCUCCUUGCGUCGCCCGGUCUCCAGGAGCCCAUGUACCUGGUCGAGAUCCAGUGCCCCGACUCGGGUCUCGGUGGUAUCUACUCGACGCUCAACAAGCGUCGUGGUCAGGUCUUCUCGGAGGAGCCGCGUGUGGGUACCCCCAUGGUUACCGUCAAGGCCUACCUCCCCGUUAACGAGUCGUUCGGCUUCAACGGUGACCUCCGCCAGGCUACUGGUGGUCAGGCCUUCCCCCAGUCGGUCUUCGACCACUGGGCGCUGAUGAACGGUGUCGCGAGCGACAAGACCAGCAAGCUGUACGAGCUCGUCAAGUCCAUCCGUGUCCGCAAGGGUCUCAAGGAGGAGGUGCCGGACCUUGCCACCUACUACGACAAGCUCUAA